AUGUAUCGUAAAACGCUGCUGAUCCUUAUCGCUUUACAACAAUUAGAUAGUACUCCGCUCAGUAAUUUCAAGCCAUAUGCAGAAACGAGUCAUUACGGUAGCAGUGAUGAGAAUUACACCGGGAAAAGAACUGUAGACGACAUUCAAAAGCUACAAAAAAGGUCAUUUACCGAAGUGCCUUGUGCCGGUCAAUCUCCUCCUUGUUACGCAGGCCCGCAAACAAGUCAAUGUUCAUUACAAACAAAGCCAACUUCUUGUCAGGUUCAACCAGCCAAAGUCUUUGCUCAAAUCCAGCCUGCUGUAAUGCAAUGUCAGCUUCAACCGGCUCCGAUAUGCUGUUCUAUGAGGUCUCGAAUGUCUAUGUUUGUUAAGAAUUGUGGACAACCACAAACCUCAGCUGCUAACAGUGGUCAAGCGCGAUUCCUGCAAGGAGACUGCAUCGGGGAAAUUAAGGCCUACCCAUUAAACUGCCCCCCAUCAUCCUGCACAUGCACCACUCCAGUACAAUCUGUAUGUUCGCCAUGCCGAAAAUUUUUAUACUACUAUCAUAAACGACGCUGA